AUGAGCUUGCAACAAUCCAUUACUUUAAGCUCUGGCUAUCAAAUGCCCCUUUUAGGGCUAGGGACGUGGAAAAGUAGCGACGAUGAAGUCGGUAAUGCUGUUAAAGCUGCUCUUGAUUGCGGCUACAGGCAUAUUGAUUGUGCAAUGUGCUACGAUAAUGAAGAAUCGGUUGGUAAAGCAUUAAGCGAAAAAAUUGGUACCAGCGUCCAACGGGAUGAAUUGUUUAUCACUUCAAAAUUAUGGAAUACGAUGCAUGCACCUAAAGAUGUCAAGAUCGCUGUAGAAAAAACCUUAAAAGAUUUACAACUGGACUAUCUUGAUUUAUAUCUAAUACAUUAUCCUCAAGGAUUGGCUAAUCUAGGCCUGACCAACUGGGAGCCAACUAAUCCUGACGGUUCCUACAUCUACUCUGACGUUCAUUAUAAUGACACUUGGAAAGCGAUGGAAGAAUUGGUGGAUGAGGGUAAAGUCAAGUCAAUUGGCGUAUCCAACUUUAAUAGUAAGCAAAUUGAUGACG